AACCCUAGCCGCUCAAACGCCCUCUCGUCAGCGCUGCUAUGGCUACUACGUACUCGGAUGGCAACUAGAGCUGCUUCUGAGCUGUUCGUAAGCAGGUUAUCAUUCUACAUCACUACUGGAGAGUUGAAGAGGUUAUUCUCUCCAUUUGGUUUGGUCGAACAAGGUGCAAUUUAUCAUUUGUGGAUCGUUCUCUUGUUCCAUCAAGCUACGUCCCAUCGUUCCUUACGUAUUCCAUAUCCUCAACUGUUGCAGUGAGGCUAAUCAAAGAUUCUGAAACUCGAAGGCCUAAGGGUUUUGCCUUUGUGAAGUUUUCAUCCGAGGUAGAUGCUCAGAAUGCAUUGAAGGCUAUGAAUGGCAAGCUGCAGAUAGUGCAAGGGAGGCUGAUUUUUGUGGAAUUUGUAGAGAGCAUUACACCUGGGAAGAGAGUUUAGAGUGGAGAAAGUUUCUUCCUGCCUCAGUAAUUUAGAUCCAAAGCAUGGGAGAAAUCUCGACUUUUUUGCAAUGCUCAUUGUUGAUGCUCUCUCAGCCUCAACAUCGCAUUUCAAGGCAGAGACAUCUUGCAAUCAGUCGUAGCCAAUCAUCAUUUUCCAUGGCUUCAACUUUGUGUUCUUUUUCAGCAUCCCGGAUGCCCUUUCCCUCUUUUACCGGUCAAAAGGAAUGCUACUGGAAGACUAGAGCAGGUGUUGUUUCAGACUCAAAGGUGCCUACUACCUUUACUGUUGAUUCAGCUGGGGAGGGCAUUGAUGUUCUGCCAGACUCCGGGGGAUCUGAUGACAAUUUAGGUGGGGCGGGUGGAGGAGGUGGAGGCGGAGGCGGUGACGGUGGUAAUCACAAUGACAAUGACAAUGAAGAGGGAAUGGGGGGGGAUGGAGAUCAGAAUGGGAGUCAUAAGAAGCAGCCGGGCAUGCUGAUGUCCCAGAAAGUGACAUUGGCGUAUGCAGCCUUGGUUGGAGUGGGUGGAGUGAUGGGGUAUCUGAAGGGUGGAAGCCGCAAGUCGCUGAUUGCUGGUGGAGGGUCGGCGUGUCUGCUGUAUUGCGUCUUUACCCUACUUCCCUCCCACGCCGCAGUGGCAUCAUCUAUCGGUCUUGCUUUGUCCGCUACACUUGUUGGGGUGAUGGGGUCUCGGUUCAAGAGGUCGGGGAAGAUAUUUCCAGCUGGUGUCGUGUCGCUGGUGUCGCUGGUCAUGAGCGGUGGGUACUUGCAUGGAAUUUUACGUGGUCUGCAUUGAUUGAUCCGUCAGAGUAAGCAAGCAAGAGUUGGGCAGUUGUGUGUGAUAUGUGGGUGGGUCUCCUGGAGAUCUGAUUCUGCUCUGCUGCAUUCAGGGAUUGAGACUAGUAGUGUCUGGGGUUAGUAGUUUUGACGUGGAUGUGUAUGGAUUAUUACUAUUAUUAUUAUUAUGGUGAAUAAGCGGGAGUGUGCUUGUAGAGAUGAAAGCUAGUUUGCUUGCUUGCUUGCUUGCCGGUGGUUUUGAUGUUUGGUGUUCUGUGUGUCCUAACCUGAUUGUCAUCCGGAGUGAGAUGAGAUGAGAUGAGAAUCAUGUGUUGAGACGAGGCAAUCUCUCUCUCUCUCUCUCUCUCCCUCCCGCAAUCUCUUAAUCGUUGUUUGUUCCCUUUCUUUC